UUUCAAAGAAGAAAAGAAACAUGGUGGCACUUGACUGUUUUAUAUUGUGGCGUCAAAGAAGACAAGAAAGAGAAACCCAAUAUCGAGAUUGGACAGAUCAACCCAGCUGUCAUACAAAUAGCCGAUCUAGUUUAUGGGGUUUUCAUAUGCCCCUUUACACCAGAUUAAAACCCUACCUAUCAUCAUCGACAUACAUAUUACAUACACAUACAUACUACAGGUUACUUGGUGACUUGAUGCUGAUGAGGUAAACCAGAAAGGGGCUCCGGAGGUUUCCAUUUUACCUCUAAUCUUCUUAUUUCCAUAUAAUUAUAUAUAUAAAAAACCCCUAGAUUCAGAUUAACUGUGUGAAAAAUGGAGGAGGGGGUGAAAGGGGGAGACGAUGAGAUUCUGGGGUCAAGCUUGACCAUGGAGAAAGUGGCUGCUGCUAAGCAAUUCAUAGAGAAUCACUACAAAACCCAGAUGAAAAACAUUCAGGAACGCAAAGAAAGGCGAUGGAUCUUAGAGAGAAAGUUGGCUUCUUCAGACGUGCCUAAAGAAGAACAGAUUAAUCUGAUUAAGGAUUUAGAGAGAAAGGAAACAGAGUUCAUGCGACUUAAAAGGAACAAAAUAUGUGUUGAUGAUUUUGAACUUUUGACAAUCAUUGGGAGAGGAGCUUUUGGCGAGGUACGAUUAUGUCGUGAGAAAAAAUCUGGCAACAUCUAUGCAAUGAAAAAACUGAAGAAAUCAGAAAUGCUUGUUAGAGGACAGGUGGAACAUGUAAGGGCUGAGAGAAACCUGCUUGCUGAGGUGGCAAGUCACUGCAUAGUAAAAUUAUAUUACUCAUUUCAAGACACUGAGUAUUUGUAUCUGAUUAUGGAAUAUCUUCCUGGAGGUGACAUGAUGACUUUAUUAAUGAGAGAAGACACACUGAAAGAAAAUGUUGCUAAGUUUUACAUAGCUCAAAGUGUCAUGGCAAUAGAGUCCAUUCACAAACAUAACUACAUUCACAGAGAUAUAAAACCAGACAACCUUCUUCUAGACAAAAACGGACACAUGAAGCUUUCAGAUUUUGGGCUGUGUAAGCCUCUUGAUUGUAGGACAUUGUCUACAUUGAAUGAAAAUGAAGCCAUGAGUGAUGAAAAUAUAAGAGAACCAAUGGAUGUUGAUGGUUUUCCUGAUGCUGUGAAUGGACAUAGAUGGAAGAGUGCUCAUGAACAGCUUCAACAUUGGCAGAUGAACAGAAGAAAACUGGCGUUUUCAACAGUGGGUACACCGGACUAUAUUGCCCCUGAAGUGUUGUUGAAGAAAGGAUAUGGGAUGGAGUGUGACUGGUGGUCACUAGGUGCAAUUAUGUAUGAGAUGCUUGUUGGAUAUCCUCCAUUUUACUCUGAUGAUCCAAUAACUACAUGUAGGAAGAUUGUUCAUUGGAGGAAUCAUCUUAGAUUUCCAGAAGACACAAUGUUGUCACCAGAAGCAAAGGAUCUCAUUUACAGGUUGCUUUGUGAUGUGGAACAUAGGUUGGGGACAGGUGGGCCCGACCAAAUAAAGUCUCACCCAUGGUUCAAGGAUGUUGUGUGGGAUCAAUUAUAUGAAAUGGAGGCAGCCUUUAAACCUGAAGUCAAUGGGGAGCUUGACACCCAAAAUUUUAUGAAAUUUGAUGAGUUGAAUCCUCCAACUUCUGGAAGAACCAGUUCAGGCCCCUCGAGGAAGCAGCAAUUAAAUCCCAAGGACUUGAAUUUUGUGGGCUACACGUACAAGAACUUUGAUGCGGUAAAAGCACUGCGUGAUAAUCCUGAUCUCAUGCGGAGUGCAUCCAGUGAUUCCUUAUAUGAAACAGGUGGGGAACUAAAGAUGGAUUAUACAACAAAAGGGACAGCGGAAGAAAGCGACAUACAGAUGAUCACAUCGGCGGGUGAUGUAAUUGCUGUGUGA